AAAGCAGAACACACACAAGCACACACACUCUCUCUCUCUCUCUCUCUCUCUCUCUCCAGCCCCCUAGCGAUCUCUAUUUUGAUUGUUCGUAAAUCGGGGUUCUUCUUUUAUGUGGGUUUGAUCUAGGGUUCGAUAAUGGGCUAUCCGGAGGGCUUGGAAAGAUUUCCCCCAUCUCCCGCAGCCCUGCUACAUUGAUGUCUCCAUGCUGCAACCGCUUCAACUGUCUCUGUGCUGCAACCGCUUCAACCCAUAACUCAGAUUGGUGGCAUUGUUUGAUUGAAGGUUGCAUUUCAUGCUCUCAGUAACAAGUUUACAUAGAGGAUGGAGGUUGAAGGACCUUAGCUUUCUCUUCACAUUCUAAUUAAGUCACGAAUAUACUAAGUGUGUGAAAGAUGGUGUAUUUGGAGAGCCAUUGAUGGUGUAACUGGAUGCCUCUACAAGCUGGUAAGGUAAUUUCAUUUGUUGUUGUCAUUUACUUUUGUAAACUCGCUCACCUUUUUUAGUAAAGUCUCUUACCUUUUUGGGGGAUCUUCAAGUAUAUAUGGCCUUAGAUAUCAAGGCUCAAAAUUUACCAUGUUAACACUUUUGCCCAACCAUAGAUAGGAGUAUUCAGGGGUGGCGUAAAAGGGGGCAGAAAUAACAACGCCCGACUUUGAACAGUGUAAGUUUGGAGAUAAAAACUUCGUGGAAUGUGUAAAUUUAGAACAGUGUUAGGUGGUAAAUCUAAUGAAGAUGGAUAUUGACCCCAAUAUAGGCGAAACAAUUUCAAGCUUCUUAAAUUGGAAGAUUGCUACCUGUUUGAGUUCUUUCCACGUUCUCUAAAUAGCAGUUGGCCAUGUUUGUGGCGUAAAUAGCGGUUGGCCAUGUUUGUGGCCUAAAUAGCAGAGCACUUUGGUCCCAAAACCGUUCUAACACUGUGGUCCUUCUAAUAGAAAUUCAACAUUUUAUUUUAUGUUUUUUUUUUUUGUGAUUUAAUUAAAUUGGAAGUAGUGACUUGAUUGAUGCUUAAUACUUUUCUAUUUAUUUUUACUUUUGUGCUGAAAUACCGCUCAAGUACGUCGAAUCGCGACGCUUCAGAUCCGUUAGUAUUUCCUUAUUAUGCAAAGCACUAGUUGGUGUGCUUAGAUGUACUUUUGUUGUUAAAUGCAGAACACUGGCGGGUGUGCUUAAAUUUGGUCUUAUGUUGUAUUGUUGUUAAAUGCAGAGCACUAGCGGGUGUGCUCAAAUUUGCUCUUAUGUUGUAUUGUUGAAUGCAGAGCACUGACGGGUGUGUUUAAAUUUGCUCUUAUGUUGUAUUGUUGUUAAAUGCAGAGCAUUGACGGGUGUGCUUAAAUUUGCUCUUAUGUUGUAUUGUUGUUAAUUGCGGAGCACUGGUUGGUGUGCUUAGAUUUUUAUUGAUAUAGUUGAUGGCGGGUGUGCUUAAAUUUUAAAAUGUUGGUUAUUAUCAUCUUACUCUUUUAGGUUUAAAGUAUAAUGGAACAACAAAAAAAGGGGGGAAAAACUCCUUCGUCGUUCUUCAAACCAAAAGUGAAUAUUUCAUGUUUGUUAAAAGAAAUUUGGUGCUUGAGUUUUCUUAGAUUGGAAGAUUGCUACCUAUUUGAGUUCUUUCCAUGUUCUCUAAUAGCAGUCGGCCAUGUUUGUGGCCUAAUUAGCGGUUGGCCAUGUUUGUGGUCGAAAUAACAAUUUUUUAGACCCAGGUGUUCUUGCAUUAGUCGGAUUAUUUGAUGAUGGGAGCAUUGGUGGUAAACUGUAUUAUUAAUAAAAGGUUUUUGUCGGAUUUCGGUGGUAAGUGCCUUCAGGCAUGGGCACAGUCACUAGAAGUUUGAAUAUUUUCGUGGUCUUUUGUUUAAUUGUUUGAUUCUUUGAUGUUGUAGUUGAAUUUUAGUUACUUCAUUAAGCCUCCUGGGAUGGGGUGUCCAACUUGAGCUCCUAUUUUGUUUACCUUCGGAAGGAACUGAUUUUCUCUCCUAUUUCGGAUAUGACACCAUAAUGGGGGUGUUGAAAAUCCUAGAACACAAGCUUUAACUCUAGAGAAUUAAUGCUCCAUUGUAAACGGAAAUCCGUAUAACAACCACAUUGCUUAAAACCAAGUUUUGUUAUCUGUGGGGUAAAACUUGGUGGAAUAGGUUGUGGGAUGUUACGAAAUUUGCUAGUAUACAUACCUAAUUUGGUUAGGUGAAACUCUAUGAAGCACCAACACUCCUAAAGAUUGAUGUAUCCGUAUCGAACACUCCAAAGACACUAGACAAUGGUGGGACAAGCCAGGGACACGACAAUGUGAAAUAUAAAUUUUAAGAGCUUUGUGUUGGUGUAAAGUCUUCGAGAAAUGCGAGUUUACAUUCAUUUCGUAAAAUCUUCAACAUUGUUUCCAUAGCUCUUUGGCUAUAGUUCCACUCUAUUUUUGAUAAAUUGUUUUUAGUUUCUAUGCUAACAGGAGGUGAUGAUUGUGCUUUUCGAGGGAGCCCUCGGAGCAUUCUUGGUAGUGUUUUGUUGUAUUUUUGACCAUAUUUUUUUUAAUACAAAAAUCAAAUGAUCCAAUUCAAUCCUGUUACACCAACGUUUAGAUUUGAUAUUCAGGUAUCCAGAGAUGGAAUGUGGUGGUGGAGGUCAUAAACUAUUGGCUAUCCUCUUUCUAAUCGUUUUAUGACUUCCAUUCUAUCCUUAUUUCCCGAAUGACUUCCAUUCUAUCCUUAUUUCCCGAAUGACUUCCAUUCUGUCCUCUCUUUUUUUCCUGUAUUGUUGGCUACCAUUCUAUCUUUUUUGUUGGUAGCUAUUAAGUGAUGCAUCAACUAUGGUGGCUUCAGAUUUUGAUGGGAAGGCCCCCACUAUGUAUUGAAUUUAAUACUCGUAGGUGAUAUUGGAAACUCUUUUGAUUGACUUAGUUCAUGCUUUGUGAUUUUGGGAGUAGGCAAUUUUUAUAUGGAUAGUCCAUUAAACUUUUGUAUUAGGUUAAUGCUUUUGAAUAAGUGCCUUCACGAUGAGCAAAAAAACAAAAUAAGUACCUUCGGGCAUAGGCUUAUUUGUUACGAAUGUGUUGCAUCAUGCCUUCAAGCACUGGCAUUUUCGUUGGAAGGAAAAAUUGCUACCUAUUUGAGUUCUUUUCCGUGUUUUCUUGACAUGGGUGUCCAAGACAUGGGAGCAUUGUGAGUAAACUGUAGUGAUAGUAAAGGUUUUUGUUAGAUUUGAGCGGUAAGUGCCUUCAGGCAUGGGCACAAUCCCUAGUCAGUUCAUAUUUCGCCCAUUGGUACUUUCUCAAUUUCUUUAGUCGAAAUGAACUUAAAAAUUCGCCCCAAUUCAACCAAACGGACUAACAGCUGCUAGGGUUCAUCAGGUCUCUCUCUCUCUCUCUCUCUCUCUCUCUCUACAUUUGUUUUAUUUUUCAGUUGAGGUAUUGUAGUGCAACUCGAAUUGAUUCUUGAAUUCUCUAUUGGGCCAGCAACCAUGACGAACAUGCGACACUCUUUCGUUCCUGGAAUGGAAGGUCCUGAUCAACUUUAAAUCCAAAGGAGCUCUGGGGUUUUGUCAAUAUUCUAGUGGAUCAAUGAGUGUACCUCAAGCUAGGAAAGUGGGGCAUCCAUUGAUGAAUCUUGUUAGGUUUAAAGGAGUACCCAUUUUGAAACAACUACACUUGGAGGAGCAGCUUCUUCGGACCUCUUCUGAUAAUUGGUGUAUCAUAAAUGAUGGAACAAAUGCUCCCAAUAUAGUCAUGGGCCUCUCAGGGAAACCUUCUGAACUUCUUGAAAGUAAGCAUGUGCUACGAGAUGAGAUUCCCGUCAUCAGAAGGUUUACUGGAGGAGGCACUGUUGUUGUUGAUCCAGGAACAAUAUUUGUCACUCUUAUAUGCAACAAGGAUGACGUUCCUGGUGUGCAACCGUAUCCACGCUCCAUCAUGCAAUGGAGCAGCUUGUUGUACAAUGAAGUGUUCCAAGGAAUUGGCGACUUCCAACUCCGUGAGAAUGAUUAUGUCUUUGGUAAUCGCAAAUUUGGUGGGAAUGCUCAAUCCAUAACCCGAAAACGGUGGAUACACCACACAUCGUUUUUAUGGGAUUUUGAAUCCAGGAAUAUGGCGUACUUGAAGCUGCCCAAAAAAAUUCCUGAGUACCGAUUGGCAAGAGGCCACAUGGAAUUUAUAUGUCGAAUGAAGGACUAUAUGACGAGAUCAGUCUUUAUUGCUGAGACUGUAAAAGCAGUUGGAAAUCAUUUCGCAGUGAAACCUGUAGACUUGGAUGUAGAUGCCAUUGUUGAUGAUGCAGGAUUUGUCCACUCCACUAGGCUUUUGGAGAAGCAGGAACUUGAGGAAGCUUUGGCCUUUGAGCAUUCUCGCUUGAGAAUUCUCUCACAGUAAAAAUUCAUGCAGCAGAGGAAACUUGUAUUAUUUCGGAUUGGGAUCCCUACCAAGCUUCUAUGGUUCUGGUAUGGACCUAUCAUUCUCAUUUAACUUUACUGACCUCCAGAACAUUUAUUUCCGGUUCUUGUCGGUGAAUCUGGAUCUGUGUCUAUUGGGUUAAACAUAAUAGAUUAUUAAAUCAA